CAGACGCUGGCAGCCAUCAGAAGUUCAAGCCUCUUUGACAACAGGAGGCGAGAAGAAAGGACAGAAGUGGUUCUGGCUGCGAUGGGCCUCUUACUGGGCUUCCUGCUCCUGAACCACCUAACAGUGGUCACCUAUGGCCAUCCCAUCCUGGAAGCACCUGAGAGUGUGACAGGGCCUUGGAAAGGAGAUGUGAAUAUUCCCUGCACCUAUGGUUCUCUGCAAGGCUACACUCAAGUCUUGGUAAAGUGGCUGGUACAACGUGGCUUGGACCCAGUCACCAUCUUCCUACGUGAUUCCUCUGGAGACCAUAUCCAGCAAGCAAAGUACCGGGGCCGUCUGCAAGUGAACCACAAGGUUCCAGGAGAUGUGUCCCUCCACCUGAAUACCCUGGAGAUGGAUGACCGGAGCCACUACACAUGUGAAGUCACUUGGCAGACCCCUAAUGGCAACCAAGUGGUGAGAGAUAAGAUCAUUGAGCUCCGUGUCCAGAAACUCUCUGUUUCCAAGCCCACAGUGAUGACUGGCAGUGGCUAUGGCUUCACAGUGCCCCAGGGAAUGAGGAUUAGCCUUCAAUGCCAGGCUUGGGGUUCUCCUCCCAUCAGUUAUGUUUGGUACAAGGAACAGACCAACAAUCAAGAACCCAUCAAAGUAGCAGUCUUGAGUACCUUACUCUUCAAGCCUGCCGUGGUGGCUGACUCGGGCUCCUAUUUCUGUACUGCCAAGGGCCGGGUAGGCUCUGAGCAGCGCAGCAACAUUGUGAAGUUUGUGGUCAAAGAUUCCUCAAAGCCACUCAAGGCUAAGACUGAAGCACCUACAACCAUGAAAUCUCCCUUGGAAGCAACUUCUACAGUGAACCUGAUUUGGAACUGGACCACUGAAGUGGAUGGCUACCUUGGGAAGACCAGUGCUGAGCCAGGAAAGGGCCUGCCUGUCUUUUCCAUUGUUCUCAUCAUUUCGCUGUGCUGUAUGGUGGUCUUCAUCAUGGCUUAUGUUAUGCUCUGCCGGAAGACAUCCCAACAAGAGCAUGUCUACGAAGUGGCCAGGGCACAUGCCAGGGAGGCCAGCAAUUCUGGUGAAACCUGGAGAGUGGCCAUUUUCACAAGUGGCUGCUCCAGCGAAGAGCCAUUUUCCCAGACUCCAGGCAAUGACUACUCCGAGGAUCCCUGGCUGGGCCAGGAGUACAAGAUCAUCGCCCAGAUCAACAAUGACUAUGCUCACCUGCUGCAUACAGUUCCCUCAGAUUAUGAGCUUUUGGCCACCAAGGACAAGGACGUCUGCUAA